AUGGCAGCUCUACGGCCUCUCAAACGCUUCGUGACAGACCACGACGCACAAGGAAAAGCAGUCUUUUCCACCCAGAUCAAUGAGGACUUACAUCUGAAAGAUCUUGAUCAGCUUGCCCUCGAGGGUACCUCUCUUCCUGCGAAAGUGGGCCUUGGAUAUGCUACCAAUGAAUUCCCAGCCAAACUCGAGGAUGCACAAGAUAUCAAUACGUACGAAGGUUAUUUCAAGAAUGCACCAGGUAUCUCCAUCAACAGUGGAACUGUCUUCCGCUUCUUGGACUUUCCUCCCGGUGCCACAUCAGAGAUGCAGAGAACCAAAAGUCUUGACUACGGUGUUGUUAUUGAGGGAUCCGUAAUAGCUGGGUUGGAUUCGGGGGAGACACGAGUGCUCCAUCGAGGAGACAGCUGCGUCCAGCGUGCUAAGACCAUGAAUGGAAAAAUGCCAGCAAAAGCGAAUUGGCACGGAUGA